AUGUCCUACCAUAUUGCCCGCAAGAGCGAUGAUGCCGGGAUUAGGGCGGCACAGGCUCUCGGCCUGUAUGCCCUGGGAGCAGAGAUGAAAGACCUCGGUCGAGAUAAAGAAAGGACAGCGUGUCGAGAGGAAGCGCUCUUGAUAUGUCCAGCGUCUCGUGCUCCAUUCCGAGACUCAAACAUGCGUGCUAAGAUCUGGAAGUAUGGGACUCACCAGGCAAUCGCCACCUGA